AUGGUGAACAUUCGGUACGACCCCAUACGUCUGUCUCAAGCCACCUCGGCCAAGCGAAAUUGCGUUGCUCGCAGCACCACGAAGCAGGCGAAGAGUAAUAGUGCCAGCAGCAGCAACCACUGCCAAUCCGGAAAGCCUCCAUCGUCAUCAUCAUCAUCUGCAUACAUAUUGUUUCGUCCGGGCAGCAACAAGGUCGCCAGUCUCCCCUGUGGGCGUGCCAGUUGCCACAGAAUCGACCAGAAUUACCUCGCGGAAGGGGCAUCCAUCUUCUCGCCAGAGGUCAUCUUGGGGGCGAGAUCAGGUGUCGUCAUUUCGCACUGGAGGCACAGUAGAGCCUGUCCGUCAAUGGCACUGGACCACGUGACAUGA